AUGGUUCAGGAGACGGUGGUGGCUAAGUGUGAGUUGGAAUUCCCCUUGGGGAAAAGGGAUGCUGAAGUGGUGGAGAGAUUGGGGAUUCAGGGGCUGUCCUUGGCCUCGGCAUGUGUAAAGCUUGGUAAGCAUUUGAGGCAGAGAGUUCAAAGGUCUGGAUUUUGGCAGCCUCCCCCAAUUGGGGUUCUAAAAAUCAAUACUGAUGGUUCCUCCAGAGGCAAUCUGGGGCCGGCUGGUAUUGGGGGGAUUGGUAGGGACUAUUUGGGUUCGGUGGUUUUCCUUUUUUCGAUCUAUGAGGGUGUUCAUACUAUCAACCUUAUGGAAGGGUUGGCAAUUCUUUGUGCUCUUGAGAAAGCUUAUGAUUUGGGAUGGAGAAGGGUUGUUUGUGAGUCUGAUUCCCAGGUUUUGAUCAAUUUACUUAUUAAGCAGAAAGUGGAGGAUGUCAGUUGGCAGUUGGCUGGGGUGGUGCAACAGAUUUUGCAGGUUAGUUCAUUAAUGGAGUUGGUGACUUUCAUUCAUAUUCCAAGGGAGUGGAAUAGGGCUGCUGAUUGCUUGGCGAAAUGGGCGUCAGAGUAUGCUGAGGGAUGGAGAAUUGAGGAGUGGGAAAUGGUCUCUCCGGCGCUUCGUCCUGAUUUUGAGAGAAUUCUUGCUGAGGAUAGGGAGGGAGAAGGUGAUGGUUGA